AUGGCGGGUACCAAAAAGAAGAAGAAGCCCGCUGCCAAUCCUGCGCGAGGUUUCGCAACAACGUCCAUCGCGUCUAAACCGCGACCAGAGAAUGAAGAACCCAAACAACAGAAUGUUGCCCCUCCAUCAAAAGGCGACAGUGCCCCACCAUCAUCAGCGGCACCAGCAGCUGUCGUUGGGAACGCAUCCAAGCCCGAUGCCCCCAAGGAACAGUCUUUGAGUCCAGAGGAGUUUGAGAGACAGCUAGAGGAGUCUGAGCUGCAACUCUUGGUCGAGAAACAUGCGCAGAAGGUCAAACGCGAUGCUCAGCGACAGCAAUCUCGGCUUGAGACGGAUCGUCGACUCUUGCGUGGCAAUGGAGAUUCCGUCAACUGCCCGAAAUGGCUGCCUGAAGAUCUCAUGGGCCACAUACUGGAAAUUAUCCAGGCUGAGAGCCGAUUCGCGGCAUCGAGCAUAGUACCUGAAGCCUCGGGAAAUAGUAAAAUGCCCUCGGAAGAAGAUAUGAUCAUUCGGUUAUGGACUCUCCAGCAAACUCUGCAAGCCACCGGUUUCCCACAGUCGCGAGUCGCAGCGGUGGUCAAGUAUAUCAUAGAUAUUGCUCCCAACGUCUCUGUCGCCGGAAAAGACCUCGUUUGGGGUUUGGAAGAGGCGCUUGAGUGGCUGGCCAGAGAAUGCGAUGCUGCAGAACUUCCAGCAUACGAGAGCAGACCUAAGCCUGUUGCAAAAGACACACCCAGUGACACGCCUACGUCCACUCGGCCAAGUACUCCGCGACCCAGUGGCGCUCAGGGGAAGGGGAAGGCAAAUGGGCGCUCCAAAACUAAGGCGUUAUCUGCCAAGAAGCUCGUUGUCACUUGCGAUAGUGAUAUUGAGCCCGACAAUUUACAACCGGAAUACCUUGCUACGAAGCGGAAAUUGCUUGAGCUCGAGCGCGGAUACACAACUGCAAGCAGCGACAACGAUGAUCAGGAGCUCGCGAUAGCCAAGGCCGAGGCUAGACUCAAGCGGAUUGAAGAUGACGUGCUUUUCGACCUCUACUUGGCCGAACAGGAAUGGAAAAAGCAAAGGGUCGCUGUGGAGAGAGAUAUUUCUGCAACGAAACAGCAGCUGAAGUCUGCUCAAGACGAAUCUCCCGAAACAUCCCAAGACAAGCCUGAACAUGAGGUCAAAGACGAGUCCGAGGACGGUGACGUUAGCGAAGAAGCGCAACGGAUCGCGGCAGAGAUCUUAGCUCAAGACGACGAGGAAGAUGAGGGUAUAGAUGGCUUGUUUGCCUCGCUGCCACAGACCGAAGUCGACGAGGCAACCGGAAAGUCACAAACGGUUGUAACGUCUGCUGACGGAAUCAGAGUUGUCAUCAAAGACUUCGGGAAGCUCACGGGAUUGAGUCCGAAGCGGGUGCUAGAGGAGGCAUGCAGGUCGCGAGACGGUGCGGUGAGGAUUUCAUACAUCAAGAUCUCGGAGGCAUCGUUCGCCAACCGCCAUGCCGUCGACAUCUCAUGGUCGAAGCCCCAAGAGGUGCCACUUGUUGUGCCUGGAGGCGACGUGGAAGUCGCUGCAGAUGCAGACAGGUUCACUUUCACAAUGGUGGGUGUUGCAACCCCGGAUGCGUCGCAGUCCGAGGCAUAUGUUGCCACGGCUGCGGCUGCUCACAUUUUCAGCGGCAACACCCGCGAAGAGAAAGUAGGGAUGCGUCUACCGCCCGCGUGGCGUGACCUGUUCCAGGAGCAAGUGAAUGCCAAGCGAGAUCAUCUGCAGGCCCAAGACCGUGAGGUCGUCAGGGAUUUAAGAGCUUUGGUGAGGGAGAGGCGAGACCAAGAGCUGGAAGACGGUGUCAUCCUCCAAGGCGCCUUCAGAGGUCGUGGCGCCGGCAAGACCGCGCAAGAUUCAAGCGACAAUGCACACACAGACCGAGCCAAGUCCAGCAAUGCGAACGCCGAUCUCUACAGGAAGAUAUGGGCAGAUAAAUCUUCUACCGCCAAGUUCCAACAGAUGCUGCAAGGUCGUAUGCAGCUUCCCAUGUGGGGUUUCAAGAACCAGGUUCUUCAAGCUGUUGACCAGAACCAAGUCGUGAUCGUUUGUGGUGAAACAGGAUGCGGUAAGAGCACCCAGGUGCCAGCAUUCCUACUGGAGCACGAGCUUGCGCAAGGAAAGCCUUGCAAAGUUUAUUGCACAGAGCCUCGACGUAUCUCUGCACUGUCUUUAGCCAAACGUGUCAGCGAAGAACUUGGAGAAUCUCGUGGCGACUUGGGCACUAACCGGUCCCUCGUGGGAUAUUCGAUUCGUCUCGAAUCAAACACAUCUCGCGAGACCCGUCUGAUCUACGCCACGACUGGUAUCGUGAUGAGAAUGCUUGAGGGUUCCAAUGACCUGCACGAAGUGACACAUCUGGUUCUAGAUGAGGUCCAUGAGCGAUCCAUCGACAGCGACUUCCUACUCAUUGUCCUGAAGAGGCUCAUGGAGAGGCGAAAGGAUCUGAAAGUAGUGCUCAUGUCAGCUACAGUGGAUGCUGAGAGGUUCUCAAACUACCUUGGAGGCGCACCGGUGCUCAACGUUCCAGGGCGUACCUUUCCUGUUGAGGUUCGCUAUCUCGAGGACGCGAUCGAACUUACUGGGUUCCAGCCAGCCGACGUGCCGCCCGGCGACAAGUUUGUCGACUUGGAUGAAGAGAUUGUCGAGGGAGACGGAGAUAGGCCGCAAACUGAAGGCAACAAAUCUCUGUCGCGAUACUCACCAGACACGCGCAAGGCUUUGGCGCAGAUAGAUGAGUAUCGGAUAGAUCCAGAUCUCGUCGUCCAGCUUAUUGCCAAGAUCGCGACGGUUGAAGGUCUCCAACCUUACAGCAAGGCCAUUCUCGUCUUCCUACCUGGAAUUGCUGAAAUCCGCACCCUGAACGACAUGCUACUUGGCGAUCCUCGAUUUGCCAGGGACUGGCUUGUUUAUCCGCUUCACUCCACGAUUGCUACAGAGGAUCAGGAAUCAGCUUUCUUGGUGCCCCCUCCUGGGGUGCGAAAGAUCGUUCUGGCUACCAACAUUGCCGAGACUGGUAUUACUAUUCCCGACGUGACCUGUGUCAUUGACACGGGCAAGCAUCGCGAAAUGCGCUACGAUGAGAGGCGCCAACUAUCGCGGUUGAUUGACACUUUCAUCUCGCGGGCCAACGCGAAACAAAGACGAGGCCGCGCUGGUCGAGUGCAGCAAGGGCUGUGCUUCCACAUGUUCACCAAACACAGACACGAUACUCUGAUGAACGAUCAACAAACACCCGAGAUGCUACGCUUGUCCUUGCAAGACUUGGCCAUCAGAGUCAAGAUUUGCAAAAUUGGCGGUAUAGAAGAGACGUUGGGCGACGCCCUGGAUCCUCCCUCCGCGAAGAACAUCCGACGUGCAAUCGAUGCCUUGGUCGACGUGCGUGCUUUAACUGCGGGAGAGGAUCUGACCCCUUUGGGUCACCAACUUGCACGCUUACCGUUGGAUGUUUUCUUGGGCAAACUUAUACUUCUGGGAUCGGUUUUCAAGUGCUUGGAUAUGGCGCUCACGGUCGCGGCUAUUCUUUCGUCCAAGUCGCCGUUUACAGCUCCCUUUGGACAGCGCGCGCAGGCACAGAACGCGAAAAUGCUCAUGCGCCGAGGGGACUCGGACCUCCUGACAGUCUACAAUGCCUACCUGUCUUGGAAGCGAGUGUGUCAGGCCAACAGUGGCUAUGGCAAGGAUUUCCAGUUUUGCCGGAAGAAUUUCCUCAGCCAGCAGAACCUGGCCAACAUCGAAGACCUAAAGGGGCAGCUGCUCGUUUCAGUGGCAGACUCUGGGUUCCUCUCGUUGACCGAGGAUGAGAGGCGUGCGUUGAACAAGGUGAGGUUCUCCUCAGGUCGCGGCCGAAGACAGCAACAGUUCUUUGAGGUGCCUCAGCGGGUGAACAUCAAUAGCGAUAAUGACACGAUCUCUUCAUCUGUCAUUGCCUGGAGCUUCUACCCUAAGCUUCUCGUUCGCGACACGCCUGGCACCAAGGGCCUGCGCAACAUUGGCAACAACCAGUCAAUUAGCCUGCAUCCGUCUUCCGUCAACAAGAACCAGCUUGACAUCAAGUGGCUCUCAUACUACCACAUCAUGCAAGCCAAGACUGUCUACCACGCCCACGAAGCCACAGCCGUAGAACCGUUUGCUAUUGCGCUACUUUGCGGCGACGUACGAUGCGACCUGUUUUCGGGCGUGAUUGUAUUAGACGGCAACAGGGGUCGCUUUGCCCUCCCUGACUGGAAGACAAUGCUCGUUGUCAAGGUGCUCCGAACGCGACUUCGCGAGCUGCUCACUCGCACCUUCAAGCAACCAGGCAAGCUGCCCACCGCGCAGCAAGAGAAGUGGCUUGAUGUUUGGCAGCGCCUGUUCUCUCAGGAAUUCACGCAGCAGGAUAAUAGGCCGGUAGGUAUCAGCGGCAAGACGUAG